AUGAGGCCUGCGGCGCGAGCCUUGUGCCCCCACUCCCUGCCGAAGACGCGACAUCACACCAGAAAGAAUGAGGGGGCCGCUUGGAGCUCACCGAUGCCCAGGGCCGGGAGGGAGGCCGACGGGAAGUGCCCCCCUUCCAUCCUGAGACGGAGGUCCCUGGGGCGCGGCAGCCAGGGGGCUGAGCCACAGAGGACCUCGAGGCGUGUGCGGUUCCGAGAGCCCCUGGAGGUGGCCGUCCACUACAUCGCGGGCAGGGACACCUCGGCCACUGUCACAACGCCCAGCAGGCCCACGACCUGUUGUGGCUCACUGCUCCUACGGCUGUCCGUGUGUGUCCUGCUUGUGGUGGUGCUGGGCCUGUACUGUGGCCGGGCCAAGCCCAUCAUGACAGCCCUCGAGGACCUCCAGGCCCGGCUCCUUGUCCUUGUCCUGCGCCUGCGGCAUGCGGCUCUCUCCUGCUGGCACUGCCUCCUGCAGCACUGA